UCUUCUGGUUUCUUGUGAUCUGGCGGAGUGGGAGGAGUCAGGGGGAGGGGAAUACCCGCUGCAGGGAGGGCGCAGAAGAGAGCAGAGGCCAGUCACUUUGACACACUCAUGCAAACACACACUUGCAUGCAGUGGAUAUGGAGGAGAGGAAGGUAGGAGUCAGAAUGAGAAACAGACAGAGGAGAUCUUCGACAAACUGAAGGCAGAGACGGAAAACUCGGGAAAAAGCAUUCCCAACAUUUCAAAGAGUUUUGGGAAAUCUGAGGAUGUUUUUUUCCCUUGUUGGAAAUCCUUUUUGGAGUAUGCAACCCUCCCUUAAAGAAGCUUUUUCUGCAUAAAUUGAGUAAAGUCACAAUGCCAACAGACGACUACAGCUACCUGCCAGAUGUGUUGCCUCCUCUUCCUGAAGUCCCGGACUCCGGCUCAGCCCUGAGCCCCGUCGACAUCCCCGCCCGCUGCCUCCGCCACUCGUCCUUCCACCGCGCCUCCUCGCGGUACUGCUCAGCCAUCAGCAUGGACUCCUCACCCGACAGCGCCGAGAGGCCGAUCAGCUACGGGUCCACCUCGUCCUCGGCCUCCUCCCGAGACAGUCACUGCUCGCUGGGCAGCCGCUCCACCCUCGUCUCCCCCCCGCACUGUCACCCCGUGACCUCGGACUGCGACUCCGGGGCGAUUCGGUUGGAGCUGGUUCCAGCCAGGCAGCUGGGAUGCAGGGAGGAAGAUGAGGGAGAGGAGAAGCAUCUCGGCGGACAGAAGGAACAUUCUGAGCCUGAGAUGAGUCCUGAAGGAGGAGAGAGGACGCUGCAGGUGCAGGGACCCAGAACGUACGUGGACCGAGUGGUGCAGGAGAUUCUGGACACAGAGAGGACGUACGUGCAGGACCUCCGCAGCAUCGUGGAGGAUUACUUGGAAUGCAUCUCCAAACAGUCUCGACUGGCGUUGAGCUCACAGGAUAAAAGUUCACUUUUUGGCAACAUCCGAGACAUCUACCACUUUAACAGGGACCUCCUUCAUCACCUGGAGAAGUGUAACUCAGACCCCGUGGCCAUCGCCGAGUGCUUUGUCUCCAAGAGUGAAGAGUUCCACAUCUAUACCCAGUACUGCACCAACUACCCACGGUCAGUGGCUGUGCUCACAGAGUGCAUGAGGAACAAGGCGUUGGCCAAGUUUUUCCGCGAGCGCCAAGAAUCACUGAGACACUCCCUACCCUUGGGUUCUUACUUGCUCAAGCCGGUGCAACGGAUCCUAAAGUACCACCUUCUGCUGCAUGAGAUAGCCAACCACAUGGAGAAGGACACAGAGACCCAUGAAGUGGUGCAGGAGGCCAUUGACACCAUGCAGAGAGUGGCCUGGCACAUCAACGACAUGAAGAGGAAACACGAGCACGCAGUUAGACUGCAGGAAAUCCAGAGUCUCCUGACCAACUGGAAAGGGCCCGAUCUGAUCGGAUACGGGGAGUUGGUUCUUGAAGGAACGUUCCGUCUGCAGCGAGCCAAAAAUGAAAGGACCCUUUUUCUAUUUGACAAGCUGCUGCUGAUUACGAAGAAGCGAGAAGAAACGUACACAUACAAGGCUCACAUAUUGUGUUGCAAUCUGAUGCUUGUUGAAGUUAUUCCAAAAGAGCCACUAAGUUUCAGCGUGUUUCACUACAAGAACCCUAAGCUACAGCACACAGUGCAGGCCAAAUCGCAGCAAGACAAGCGCAUGUGGAUCUUACACCUCAAAAGGCUCAUACUUGAAAACCAUCCUGCAAAAAUUCCUGCCAAGGCGAAACAAGCAAUUUUGGAGAUGGAUGCAAUCCACCACCCUGGGUUUCAUUACAGCCCCGAUGGGGACAAGAAGGACUCUCCUCAAACCAAGGAAGGCCCCACUCCUCGUAGAGGACGCAGGAAAGAACCCCUCAGCAAAUUACUGAAGAAUGCAAAGCAGAACACAGCCCACACUGACACUGAAAAACGAACAAGCUUAGGAGUUAGCCUACUUUCUCCAGUGUCCCAGCUGGCUCUGGGCACUAUAGGCCGCAGUCGAAGCCUCAUCAACCAAUCUCAGGAGUCCCUGGAUCCCGGAGAUCACUAUGAGCACAGUGACAGGGAGGAAGGGGAGGAGCCACACCAGCAGGAUGCUGACGAUGAAGAUGAAAGUGCUCCUGGUGGUGGCAGGAGGCUACGCAUUCCAGGCAAAAGCAGCAGAAAGAGGCUGAACCCUCAAGCAUCUGUUGACAGCAUUGAACAAUGGAAAUCCUUCAACAUGAGUUCCUCAGACCUUCAGAGAGCCAGAGAAUCAUUGGUAAGAGAAGGAAGUCACCACCCACCACUUCUGAGGACGCCGCAUGUGACCGAGGAACCUCCGGAGUCCCCGAUCCCAUCUGUAAUAGUCACAGAAAGUGACCAUUCAGUGAGGAAUAUCUGGGCUGACCACCGAGCUCGCCGGGCCAUGUUCCCCACCCGCCAGAGGACAAUGCAGCCCGAUGAUGAGGAUGAAGACAUAUAUCAGAUGUUUGUUCCCACCGAGCAAAGCGCACCAGAACCGGAGUCCCCCGCAGAAAGGUCAGAGGCUUCCUUAUCCCCUCGGACAGCUCGGCCCUGCAGUUGGCAUGUUGAGCAGGUGCCCACGGUGCAAGUUGACCCCCCGCCGGAUAGCAGCAGAGUCCUGCGGAGAGCCAGCAGUGUAGGAGAGAAGGCCACAGAGACUCGAAGUCCUGAACAAGAACAAGCAAGUCGUAGCAAUUUAGAAGUGAUCAACACGGAAUCGUCCAGCAAUGAAAUAUCUGGAUCCUCGUCGGCCGAACAACUGACCAUAGACGAUAUAGAGAAUGUAUAUGACAAUAUCAGCUAUGAGGACCUGAGGAGUAUGGGCCUCAUCAGAAGGGACCCUGAAGAAAGUCAGAAACAGAAAGAAACUUCUGGAAUCACACAAGCGGAAAGAGUACAAAGCCCUCCAAGGAUCGCGGAGCCAGUAAAUGAAGCGGACUCCUCAUCCGAGAGCAACCGGUCUUCUGCGCCGGAGGUGAAGCCAUAUGAGUCGUGUGAGCUGAAAAUUGUGGAAGAAGAGAUCUAUGACACCAUCUGUUUUAGGGAACCUCCAUCAACGGAACUGAAUGAAGGUAAUAAAAGUUUACUGUCUUUGGAACAAGAUCCGCAAACUAAAACUUGUGCGGGGACUUUGUCAGAGGAGAGCCUCCAUUUAGGUGACAAUGAAGUACCGGAAGGUUCCCGCUCUCUUUCAAGCUCCUCUCAGCCAGAUCACUGUUACUCCUCUUCCUCUUCUGAGAUAUUUGCACAGAAAGGAGACAAGAUGUCUGAGGAGGUUGAUGAAAUCUGGAGUGACUUAGAAAACUACAUCAAAACCAAUGAGAAGAAGGCCGAUCGGCUUCCUGCUGCAUUUCCUGUGAGCGCCAAUGAGUCAUCCAAGGUUUCAUCUGGUAAAAAUAGCCCCAAAAGGAGCCCCUCUGGAGAAACUCCUCAAGCUGCCAGCCCUCCAGCCAAGAAUAGCCCGACUCAUCAGUCCAAACCCCAUUCUGUCACCUCCACACCAUCAUUCACCAUCCCUGUUCUCAGGCUCCCCGAUCUCCAAAGUGAAAAUCCCACUGAAGAAGAAAGCCCCAACCCAACGCCAGCAUCCCGCCCCCUUCCAGUCCCCCCAGAGCCCCCACCGGGCACCGUGAAAAGCAUUCGGAACAGACUAGCUCGCCUAAGCAGCGGCAGCUUCCGCCUGGAGGACGAUGACCUUGUAGAGCUCCCCCAGCGUAGUCCUUCUCAAAGAGACCCCAGCAUCAGGGACCUCCAUAGUCUGUUCCCGGGGGAGUUAGCAGGUCUGGACACACCUUUAGCCUCUUCCUCUCUCCUGCUGGGCGAGUCAAUAGACUUUCCUCUGGAAAUUAUGGACAAGAGCAAGAGUCGUGUCUUCCUGAUGGCAAGGCAGUACAGCCAGAAGAUCAAGAAGGCCAACCAGCUUCUACGCAUGAGGAGUAUGGACCCUGGAGACUCGUGCAGUCGAGCCAGAAUGGAGAAAAAACAGAAAGACCUUGCAGCCAUAUUGGAGGAAAAGAAACAAGGAGGUGCAGCUAUAGGAGCAAGAAUUGCAGAGUACUCCCAGCUUUACGACCAGGUGAUGUUCAAGGACUCUCCUGGACAAGCUGCUCAAGCCUUCUCUCAGCCUGUCAGUAGUUCAGGACCGUCGUUGUCCUUGUCUGGGACUCAGAGCUCCCUGGAUGAGGACUGGCUCCACUCCACCUACAGCAACGGGGAGCUGGCAAGCUUUGUGUCUUCAUCCAGCGAUGCGAUGGACGCGCAGGCAACCACAAGCCCUCAGCGCAGGAUUGUCUCCUCCUGCUCCAUCCCUUCUCUGAAGACUAUCCCUUCUUCAAGUGCUCCAACGCCACAAAGGUGGAGCUCAUGCUUGUCUGCACCAAGUGAGAAGGAGGAACACGUGUACAGUUCCAUCAAGAGACAUCCUUCCUUUAAUGCAACAUCUUCCCCAUCCGUACAAUGCCACUCAGCCGGCUCUCUGGUCAGCCAACAGCAAGAGGCGCAACCCGAACCUGGAUGUAAUGGACUACCUACGCACAGAACCACAGACAGAUCUCACGGUCCCAGUUUGGGCCACACUGGUCGACAGAGCAGCCUUCCAGACCAGCUGAUCCUGGGACGGUCAGAUCUCACUUUACACGACGGCCAACAGGUGGUGGUCCUCAAUCGCGCUUCUGCUCUCAGCAUACUCAACGCUACCCAGAACUACCUGGCCAACUUCAAGGACAACGGGGAAGACGACGAUGACUAUGUAGAGAUCCGCUCCGAGGACGAAAGCGAAGCAGAAAGGAACCAGUUGCCGCGGGGUAACGCUGGCUCGGCUGCCCUUUCCAACCAAAACCGGAGUCUCGUCCAGUCUUUGAGUCUGCCGUCUACACCUCUGCGAAGCUGCGACCCGUUAAAACCUCUGGAGAAAUACCUGUGGAGCGAGCCGCAGCAGAACCAACCGAAAAUCGUUCAGUCUCUGAGGGAGAAGUUUCAGUGUCUGAGCUCCAGCAGCUUUGCGUGAAAAUCCGUGUUGACAAACAGCAUAUAGCAACAAAGGGACAAAGCAUAUUUUACAUACAACUUCCUGAGCAGUUCUUAAAUAGCAGCCAUAUUUGUAGUGCACAGGUCUAAGCAUGAGCUUUCUUAGCACUACUAAGCAAGAAUACAAGAUCUUCACAAACAAUAGUCUGAACUAUAUUUACUAUCAGAAGUUUAAACUUUUACACUGCUUUAUGUGUGAGCCUUGUAAAGAUUAUUGACUUAUGAACUGGUUUUGUUGAAAUGGUUUAUGUCUCUUCCUGGGCAUCAAACAUCACAUAGAUCUGCAGGAGAUUCCACUGUCAAUAGUUUCAGAGUUCUCCCAAAAGUUUUGCUCUUAAGGUAGCUAUAUUUUCACUUUUAGUUAAUAUGGUUAAAAGAGAUAAACAGCAAUUUUUUUUUGCAUACAACAAGCAGCUUCACAGCACCAAACAUGCAACCUUCAGACAUUCUGCUCGGUUUAGUUUGUCACUUGACAAAAGAGUGCAGCUCUAUUAGGAAUCCAAAUGUAAGUUGUGUGUUUUUUGUCAUUCUUCCUGACAAUUGUGUCACCAAUAGGUUAUAAAGAGCUUUAAAAUAAUGCAAAACUACAUGCUUAUAUGCUGCACUGCUGCUGUUUAGGGGUUGUAUUUGUUUGAAAUCUGUGAAUAACUUUCAAAUGUUUUACAUUUUAUGGGCAAAAUGUAUGGAAUCAAAUCAGAACCAGCUUUAAGUGAACGAAAAAAGACGAUUGAAAAUUUGAAAAUGGACAUUGUAACUGAUUUUUUUUUUCGAAAAUUUGAAAACUGAAAAAAAAUUGAAAACAAGACAUUGU